AUGAGGAGCGCAUUGGCACCACUCGUCCUUGCCGCGCUGGCCUCGCUGGCGGAGGCCUGCGGCGGUCACCACAAGCAUGAUGAUCGCGUCUGGACGGCAGAGGAGGUUGCCGAGCUUGAAUACAAAUGGGGCAUGGAGUGGCCUUUUGCUGGAAUAGGCAGCUUCGCCCAUUUGAAGCACGUCAAGUGUCUUACAGACCCCACGGAACUGUUUGAUAUCGCGAUCGUGGGUGCGCCGUUUGAUACCGCUGUGAGCUACCGGCCAGGCGCAAGAUUUGGACCACGGGCCAUCCGUCACGCUUCGUCACGGCAGACGAGCUUCCGGGGCUUCAACCCGAGGGCCAACAUCAACCCCUAUCAGAACUGGGCAAAGAUCAUGGACUGCGGGGACAUUCCCAUCGUGCCGGUCGACAAUGCUGUGGCGAUACGGCAGAUGACAGAGGCCUUCACAGAGCUGGGGAGCCGGAGGCCGCUGUCCCCCCUGCUCGAGAAGCCCAGGCUCAUCACCCUCGGGGGAGACCACAGCCUCGCCCUGCCGGCGCUGAGGGCGCUCAACAAGAUCUACGGCAGGCCGCUGCGGGUGCUGCACUUCGACGCGCACCUCGACACCUGGCACCCGGCCAAGUACCCCUCGAGCUGGCUGACGGACCAGGCGCACUUCAACCACGGCUCCAUGUUCUGGCUGGCGGGCACCGAGGGCCUCCUGGUCAACGACACGGCGCGGCCGUCCGUGCACGCGGGCCUGCGCACCCGGCUGUCGGGCAACGGGUGGGACGACUUUGACGACGACACGGCGCAGAACUGGCUGCGCGUGGUCGCCGACGACAUCGACGACCUGGGGACCGCCGGCGUGGUCAAGGCGAUCCUGGACGCCAUCCCCCCGGACGACCCCGUCUACCUGUCCGUGGACAUUGACGUCCUCGACCCGGCGUUUGCGCCCGGCACGGGCACCCCCGAGCCCGGUGGGUGGACGACGCGCGAGCUGAUCAGGAUCAUCCGGGGCAUUGAGAGCCUGAAUGUGGUGGGUGCUGAUGUUGUCGAGGUCUCGCCCGCUUAUCAGGGGCAGGGCGAGGAGACUGCGUUGGCGGCUGCGCAGGUUGUGUACGAGAUGAUAAGCUCGAUUGUUAAGAGGGGCAUGACAGAGAUGGGGAAGGAGGAUGCAGCCGCAGAGGUCGAGGGAGACAAGGCGGAGGAGGAGGAGGUGAAGGAUGAGCUGUGA